AACUCCAGCGGAUCAACCAGCCUGCAGCCACAGCCGCACAGAAACUCGGGCUUGUUCCAACUUUUUUUUUUUUUUUUUUUUUUUUUAAUAAAUUUAUAUAUAUAUAUAUAUACCGCCUGACGAAAUAAGCGCCCCCGGUCCGCUCCCCUUUGUCGAACCGGGCUGACUCUGACUUGACUCCUUUAAACGCGCUGAAAUAUGAGGCCAGGGGAAAUGGGAGGAAAGUGUUUUCUCGCUCACUGAAGUUAUUGGAGGUUCUCCUUGUGGAAGAGAGGAAGAGAGAGGUGGCGGCGGACACCACGAGUUCACUCUCACAGUAAAAGGAGUGAGCUCAGCCUUCCAACAAACCUCCCCCUCCUUGCUGGGCUAAGAUGAGUAUUACCAGUGACGAAGUGAAUUUCUUGGUCUACAGAUACCUCCAAGAGUCAGGUUUUACCCACUCAGCAUUCACCUUUGGCAUUGAGAGCCACAUCAGCCAGUCAAACAUCAAUGGAACACUAGUGCCCCCUGCAGCACUCAUCUCCAUCUUGCAGAAAGGACUACAGUAUGUUGAGGCAGAAAUCAGCAUUAAUGAGGACGGGACUGUCUUUGAUGGGCGGCCGAUCGAGUCACUUUCGCUUAUUGAUGCUGUGAUGCCCGACGUGGUGCAGACGCGGCAACAAGCCUUCCGUGACAAGCUAGCCCAGCAACAUGCCGCUUGCACCGUCUCUGCUUCAACCUCAGGAAACCAGUCUAAUGCACCAAAGAAUGGAGAAGCCACCGUUAACGGAGAGGAGAACGGCACUCACAACAUGAAUAACCACAGUGAGCCCAUGGAGGUGGAUGGAGAUGUUGAGAUACCAGCCAGUAAAUCCACGGUCCUCCGAGGCCACGAGUCUGAAGUGUUCAUCUGUGCCUGGAACCCUGUCAGUGACCUGCUGGCGUCAGGCUCGGGUGACUCCACAGCUCGGAUCUGGAACCUAAACGAGAACAAUAGCUCCAGCUCCACCCAGUUAGUUCUCCGUCACUGUAUCCGAGAAGGUGGUCAGGAUGUUCCCAGCAACAAAGACGUCACGUCACUGGACUGGAAUAGCGAGGGCACUCUUUUGGCGACAGGCUCGUAUGAUGGGUUUGCCAGAAUAUGGACGAAGGAUGGAAAUCUGGCCAGCACCUUGGGGCAGCACAAAGGGCCAAUAUUUGCACUCAAAUGGAACAAGAAGGGAAACUGUAUUCUGAGUGCGGGUGUAGAUAAGACGACAAUCAUUUGGGAUGCAAAUACAGGAGAAGCCAAGCAGCAGUUUCCAUUUCACUCAGCUCCUGCGCUGGACGUGGACUGGCAGAAUAACACCACGUUUGCCUCCUGCAGCACAGACAUGUGUAUCCACGUGUGUCGCCUUGGUAGCGACCGGCCUCUCAAGACCUUCCAGGGUCACUCGAAUGAGGUCAAUGCCAUUAAGUGGGAUCCAUCAGGUAUGCUGCUCGCCUCCUGCUCUGAUGACAUGACCUUAAAGAUCUGGAGUAUGAAACAGGACUCCUGUGUCCACGACCUCCAAGCUCACAGUAAAGAAAUCUACACAAUCAAGUGGAGCCCGACUGGACCAGGCACUAAUAACCCUAACUCCAACAUCAUGCUUGCCAGUGCAUCGUUUGACUCGACAGUGCGACUAUGGGAUGUUGAGCGAGGGGCUUGUAUACACACCCUGACCAAGCACCAGGAGCCUGUCUACAGCGUGGCCUUCAGCCCCGAUGGCAAACACCUGGCCAGCGGCUCCUUCGAUAAAUGCGUCCACAUUUGGAACACCACGACUGGAGCCCUGGUCCACAGCUACAGGGGGACUGGGGGCAUUUUUGAGGUCUGUUGGAACAGCACAGGGGAUAAGGUUGGAGCCAGUGCAUCGGAUGGCUCGGUUUGUGUUCUUGAUCUCCGGAAAUAGCCCUUCCAAAAAGAUGAAAAAUCCUGGAAAACGCAGAAAUUUGCCUUCUUCAGACAUCAGCAAACACACUCUCCUCGCUUGAGAAGGGCUGUAAAGGUGGACUGAAACGAACCCCUCACAGGACCUUAAUCAGAUGACAGCAGCAGCAACACCAACUAAAUUCAUUGCACCUUAAUUUUUGUUGAUGUUUGUUUUUAUGGAGAGCCUGAGAGAGGAUGGAAACUGACUCGGAAAGCCUUGAAAGUGGAUCUGACUCCCCCCUGGGUGCAUCCAUGUAUCAAAAGGUUUCUAACCAGAACAUGCUGGGGUCCCCACAGGCUGCAGAUCCUGCUGUUAUUAAGGUGCAAGGGUGGAAACAAAGAUGAGUCAAGAAUUACAGAAAGAAGGGAAAACGGUUGUUUGAGCUGGAAGAAGCAAAAUGUAAAGUGAAGGCGUUGGGCUUUUAAUUCCUCUUAAGGAAAUAUAAUUUGAUGUCCAAAUGAUGGAACAGGCAGGAAGAUGAGAGUAACCAAUUAUCACAGCAAGCUGACGGGGUGCCUAACGUUUCCACAGUACUUGUUGCUUGAAUGACGUUAUCAGCAGAUGGACUUUAGAGAGUCAGAUUGAAUGUGCCGCUACGAGGUAGAUCCUAGUUCAUAAAAAAAAAAAAAAAAACACAGGUCAACAAGAGGAAAACUUGCCAAGUAAUCAUCCGGAUACCCUAAAACGGCCUGUUCUCUUAAAAUAAACAGAUUUUCGUUUUGUAAAAAAAAAAAAA